CGAUGUAAGUGGAGGAGCAGCGAUAGUGGGUGGGAGAUAACAAACAGUUCAGGAGAACAUUGCAAAUUAGUUGAUUCAACAGCCAUCAGGGAGAAAAGACAGCAGACGUGAAAUGCAAGAAAACUGGCGAAGGGCUUCAGAGCAUUGAUGCUAUGGCGCACACCCACAUCCACUCUGCCAACACAAGGUGAAGCUGGAAGAUGUUUCCCUCAGACUCCCCCUCUGUUUGUGUAAAUAAUGACUGCGGUCCUCAAGAUCCAAAGGCAGAAGAAGUAUGAUACUGUGAUGGUGCCGCGAGAGUUCUUCAGGCGUCUUUGUCUCCUGACAAACGAUUUAUCCUCCUGCGGCUGGGCGGCUAUUUGUUUUAGCGUGGGCUGUGUCGGGCACCUCUCGGGCAUGCCACGCAGUUUUACAGAUCCUUUGUCAUAUGCUCUUUGAUGUAUUUGGUAAGCCGGAUUCAAUCAUGAAUGAGUUAAAGGAUCAAACUUCUGUUGUGUUUUCCGAGCCUAUAAUUAGACUAUAAUUAGAUUCUGUAACUUGAGUGCUAUAAUCGCAUCCAUGUGUUGUACAUUUAAGUUUAACACCCUGCGGGGAUGUUCAUCCUCAUUUCUUAUUUCUUAUCAUUACGGAUGUCCCCGUAAACAACAACAGCCAUCUACCAUACAAGAAGAGAUCAUACUCCGUUAUGGUGUGAUUGGAACAGACUAACAAGAAUAAAAUCAAAUAUGCUGACACCGAGGAAAAUAUGCUGACACCGAGGGAAGACGCACAAAAAUUAACACUUGAAUUGUCACCUUGAUGCACAAUGUUGAUGCUCAAUUUUCUCAGUUGAACACUCAUAUUCUUCGCGUCCCAGAUCUGUUUGGCGGGCACUGCUCUGCUCUCUGUCUCCUCUUGCUUAAUUAUCUAAAUGGCUUCCAGUUAUUUAGUGUCUGUCACACACUGGACAAGCAGCUCUCUAAUUAACACUCACUGAGCCAUUUAAAAUCAGUCUGCAUUAUUACGGGAUUUGUUGUGUGGAUUCAUAAGAGACAAGUCUUUAUAGGACGAUGCUGGCAUCUCUUCACAGUAAAAGAUGUUUUACUGUAUUUCCUGAUCCAGUAACAAACGUGUCGUAUCCCUGCGUCGUGUCAGACUGGUGAAGCAGCGUAAACACAGAAUCCAUUGCAUUAGGGAUGUCUCGCUAAAGUUGAGAUACUGUCUACUAGAGAUGGACGUUUGACAGUUAAAAAUAAACACAAUAUGUGAGUAAAUGCAAUUGCAUGUGUUUUUAACCCUCCUGUUACCUUAGGGUCAAUUUGACCCCAUUCAAUGUUUAAUGUCGGUGUUCUUUCGGGUCAAUUUGACCCCAGGCUGUUUUUCACUGUCAAACAUAUAAGAAAUAUCAACUUUUUUAUAUAUUUAAAGGGCUAUUUAGGUAGUCAACAAACAAACAUAAAGUACCUCACACUUAAACUUGGAAAACAAUAUUAAUUCUAAUAAUUUUCUGGAGGUUUUAAUUGCUGGGGUCAAAUUGACCCCGAGGGUAAAAUAUGUCAGUAAAUAUAAAGGUAACAGGAGGGUUAAACAUUGAAUGGGGUCAAAUUGACCCUAAGGCAACAGGAGGGUUAAUAGAUGUUGGACAAUGAUAGUUUUUUGCCAUGACCAAUAUUGCUAAUAGGAUAAAUUCAGAGUUUGUUUUGGUCUCUUUCUGGUAUUGUUGAUAAUCAGAUUAGAGAUACCGGUAUAUUCCUUUGAUUGACAAAUAUCAUAAGAUGAUCUUUGUCUGGAGCUGAAAGCUGCAUUUAGCAAGACUUCUGUGCAAAAAUACAGCUUUCCCAUCACCUCUCUAUUUCCAGAAUUGAACUGUCAAACAGGGUUCAGAGACCGACUCCUUCGGGCGUGUCCUCGACAUCAGCACUUAGUCACCAAGACGGAUGAAGAGGAAACCCCAAGAGCAAAACAAGGGGCCACACAAAUAAGUAAACGCAUGAAGGAAUAUGAUUGGUUAUCCAUGAACAGUAAAAGAUGCAAACUGUAUAUUUUUUCUCUAUUUUUUACCUCGCCUCCAUUUAUUAUACGUUGAAGUAAAGCGGUGUGAAGAAGCUUGAGUCAUUGUUUCUCAGCCUUCGGGUCACUUGCAUGUCAUUUGUGUGUCGUGGGAAACAAAUACUCUUGUGACCAGUGUGUGUGUGUGUGUGUGUGCGUGUGUGCGUGUGUGCGUGUGUGCGUGUGUGCGUGUGUGUGUGUGUCACUGCCAAUUAUCUUUCUCUUCCAUGAACAUCACAUCACCACUUCGGAUAAAAUGAAUUCCAAAAAGACACAACCUCAAGACCUCAAGUGCUCAACUGAGUGAGAAAGACCCUUUGCAGCAUACAAUAGAUGAAGGACUUUGCCCGGAGGCUAUUGACACAGAGUUUGAGCAAAUAGUCAUAAUGACCUCAUGGGAAAAUCUAUCUGGACGGUUAAAUUCAGCAAAAUGAAACAGAAGAAGUCUGCUGCAACACAUCAAAGGCAGUGAUACAAGUGUCCACUUGUUGCAGCCUCCACUUCUUCAUGAAUAGGCCUUUACUCUUUUUGCUCUCUCUCUCACACACACUCACACACACACGCACUCACACACACACUCACACUCGCAUGCACACACAGAACAUCACACUUCUGUUCCCUUCCCCUUGUUGUUCAGGAUCCCAGCAUACGCCUCCGCAGUGAAACAGCAUUACGGGUAAUUCCUCGCCAUAAUUCUGUAAUCAUUAACGUGCUGCAUUCAGGGACACGUCUUUGGGAAGGGACUUAUGCAGAGAAGCACCGUGAGGGAUCGGAGACAACUUGAGCAGAGCUGAGGAGAAGCACCAACCCUCCUGAGUGAAAUGCAAAAGAGGGCACAAUGGAGUACACGCUAUUGCACACGCUCGUCUGGCUCCUACCGGCAUUCACUUUUACGACACAAGAGUUGGUGAAACUGAGCGUCACUCCCAAGAUGACGGCGGAGUGCGGCCAACGGGUCACCCUCAACUGCGACGUGUCAUCGUCGCGAAAGGGACUAUUAAUCAAACACAUGGAGUGGUUCCACAGCCUCACGUCUGUCUGCUCUGUGGACUCGGAGGGGAAGAUAACAAACCACACACAGACUCUGAGUGAUUUCUAUUGUGAGUACCAGCACGGACAACUGUCCCUCGUCUUCGCGAGAGUGAAGCCACUGGAGAGAGGAAACUACACGUGCAAGCUGCAGUCCAACCGGGGAGCUCAGCACGCAGAUACGAGCGUGGGGUUACAAGAGUGUUGUGGGGUGGCUGAAGGUGUUUGGACGAGGGACCGAGUCACCUGCACCUUCAAACGCGUCUACCCGGACGGAGACGUGCACUGGUUUCACGGCUCCCACAAGCUGGGAAGGUCUGGGAAGCAACACACCUCGAAACAUGUGGAAGAAGAGGGUUGGCUGACCAUUCAAAGUUACCUGGAACGGAAGAGUCCACACGUGCCCUACAACUGCUCCUUGAUGAGUGCCGCUUCUGGUCGAUACAUUGCGAGCACUUUGGUACUGAAUCCAGAGUCACUGGCCAGCGUUGGAACACAGGGACACAAAGACGGGAAUGGAGUUGGGUCACACGGACCGGUGUGGACACUUUUCUGCAUUUCACUCUUACUCGCUGCCACGCUGCAAUAACGGAUUCCCUGAAGUUGAGCCACAUAAUGUCGUGUGAUUAGUUAUCAGGAUGACGCAGUGAUGAUGACACAAUGAUUAGGAACAAUGAGGUACUGAGCUAUUUUUUCUUAUGAGUCAUCCUGCAUGGUCUCAUGGUUUAUUGUUCUGCCUUUUAGCUCUUGAUGAAGUGGACAAGUAAAUUACAGUCUGCUGGGAGAUUAAUAACCAUCAUGCUGUAUGAAAUACCUUUUGUUGUUUUGGUUCAAUAGAGAGUCACUGGAGCAGAUCUUGGUGGAUGCAUUACUCUCAAACACACACACACACACACACACACAGUAGUAACACUCUCAUAUUACUACAAAUGACCGGGCAGUACGUUUGGCUACAGGUUCAAUUUUGCCUUCAGAUUUAUUUCUCAGAGUAAGAUAAAAAAUGUCUGCUGACGGGUGUGUCCACCGCGUGUCCUCUGGACAGUCGAAUGAUUACGUUGUGACUGCACGCUUUCUGCACAGGCACUAUGAAGUGUCGGUCUGGAACCGAAUGCAGACUUUAAAAGAUGGGCUCUGCCCAUGAAUUCCCCUCAAUCACACAGAAGCCUUUGUGUGCCACAUAUAAUAUGGACCCCAAAGCUCUCAGUGAAGCAAUCGUGGACGGAUGCUGCCCUCUGGUGACUACAGCUGCGGUCACUGUGGGAUGUUUCUCUCUGUCUUGCAGUGCAUCCUCUGCAGAGGAGACAUGUGAGAUGUGAGAGCCUUUCUCCAGACAGAAGGACUCUCUGCUAAUGGUGGGUGGGGGGCAGGUUCAAGAUGUUGCUGCGGCUCAGAGCACGCUGGGGGAAUGACUUUGAGAUAACCUUGACCACUCCAGUACACAUGGAUACACACACACACACACACACACACACACACACACACACAUACCAGUGGGCAUAUGUUGUGUAAUGAUCUCUCAGUGGCAUAUACUUUUGCGAAACACUCCCACGGACUAUUGUUUUGUGAAAUAUUAUUUAUGACUAAUGACAAAAUGAGAUACUGCAUUUUCACUCUAUAGAAUACGGCACUGGAGGUAAAGCUAUUUGCUUGUAUUAUCACAAGACUAUAUAACACUUUCACAAACUGAGUGAUGAUGAUUAUACAUUGUUUGAUGAACUCUUGAUGAGCCUUAAUGGAGCUGUCUGAUUAUCUUUAACAUUAUGCACUGAAGGGAACACUUGAUGUUUUGUUCCAUGUUGUGAUUCUCAAAAGAAGUAUGCUGACUUCAACGUUUACAAAAACAGAUCCUAUAAUUGAUAACUGCUGUAAGCUUUUACAAUAUAACCUUUACAUAAACUGAAAUAAAGAACAUUUAUGAAUGAAA